UUCAAUAUGGCGGCGGAAGGACAACUUUCGCCUGCCGAACCCGUACCGACAGACACAAAUGCACCGGUAAAGGAAGCAAAUUCGGUGAUUGAUAUUGGUGCACAGUACAGCAGAUGGAUAGAGUUGAAAGAAGACUUGCAGUGUGGAAAUGACACCCUGGCAAAGUUGCUACUUGACAUUUGUGCAAAGAAGUUCAGAAACAAGAAAUCCCUGUAUGAGAUCAAAGAUGAAGAGCUUGUAUCUAGGCCGAGUACAGGAAAAGUCAGCAAUCGCAUAUCUGAACAACGGAAACGUAAUGCCUCCAUGUCAGGGACUGGUAUGCGAAGCAGUCUCACAUCCCAGUCCGGAAGCUCAUCUCUCAUGGAUUCACAAGACACCAGGGACUCAAGCAACUGUUCUGUGUAUGAGGACAUCAGUGAGAACCUUGGUGAGAGUGUGUACGAGAAGAAAUCAGAAUCCAACAAAAAUGGCUACCCUGAAGGGUACAACAGCAAGAAGUCAUCAAGAAGAAAACAGCCAAAAUCUCGAGUUUCAAGGUAUCUUGAGGAUGAGAAUGAGGCUAUUGCUGCGCACGAGAGAGGUGAUAUGGAGUCGGGACUGGAAGGAUUUGAUGCCGAACGACUUAAAUGGGACCAAGACGAGUUGGAGAAUGAGGGAUUGGGGUCAAGAGACUCGUUAGAUGCAAAGGAAAACAGGAAUCAGUUAUCAGGGGAUGAAACUGAAGAGGAAGAUGACCCAGAUGGAGAAGAAGGAAAUGACUUCCUGUCCGAGGAAGAGCUUGAGAAGCUCCUGAAAGGCAGUGAGUCAGAGUCAGAUGCCAAAAGGUCAAAGAGGAAGAGGGAUUCUGAUAGUGAUUGGAUGCCAGCGGUUGAAGAGGAGAAACCACGGAGAAGACGAUCUCGAAGGGUGUCGAGACAGAAUUCGAAACCUGCCAUUGUGAAAAGUCGAAGGUCUCUGAGAAGGAGGGUGAGUACCUCAGCUGAAGAGUCGACUGAGGUUGAGGAAGAAGUGGAGGUAAAGCCGGAGAAAAUUCCAAGAGGAAGACCUAGAAAGACCAGAAAGGAUAGUGUUGUUGAAGAAGAACCGAAACAAAUUCCACGUUCACAGAAGCCAAAACUUAUGAAGAAGUCGGGUGUUUUCAGUUGCACUGUUUGUGAUAACAGUUUCACAAACAAGGAGGAAGGCAAGGAACACUUGGAAUCGCAUUAUGUCAUCGACUGCAAUCUGUGUACUCACAGAUUUUAUUCGUUGCAGGCGCUUGCUCAUCACCAAAGUAAAAAACAUCCUGCAAAUCACAAAUGUAAUCAUUGUUUCUUUACUGGUCGGACGCGCAUGGAGUUGAAGCGACACAUGAGGAAGGAGCAUCAGGAUGAGCAGACAAUCCCGGGAACCACCCUGUGUCACAUCUGCGGGCAACAGUUCCGAUUUGUGGUCAAUGUCCAGAAACAUUUGAUGGAUGCUCAUGGCAUAAUGGAAUCCAAUAUGAAAACCUACAUGUGUGAUCAGUGUGGAAAUGAGUACUUCUUGAAGCACUCCCUACGGAAACAUAUGCUUACUCACAAGGAGAAGAACAUUGUGUGUGAUUUUGAAGGCUGCGCAAGCAAAUUUUCCAGUGACGCUCAGUACAAGCGCCAUUAUAACACAGUGCAUCUGAAAAUCAAACGACACGCCUGUCCAUACGAAGGCUGUGAAAUGAAAUUUGCAUUUAGGAAGACAAUGGCUACCCAUGUGAACAUGGUUCAUCUGAAGCUUCGUCUGUUCCCAUGCCCGUGGCAAGGCUGUGAGCGAAGCUUCUAUGCUAAGAAACACCUCACUGUUCAUAUGAGGAUUCACAAUGAUGAGAAGCCUUUUAAAUGUACUGAAUGUGACUAUAAGUGUAGGCAGAGGGCAGCGCUAAACUGGCAUUUGAAAAAACAUGGGAUUGUCCCAGAUCAUCCAGAAAGCCUGGAGAAUGAGAAAAAGAACAAGAAAGAAGGAUUUCCGGUCAACUUUAAACGAGGUCGGAAGAGAACACGGUUCAGGAAAUCCAAAGGAUUGGACUAUACUGAUGACCAAAUUGCAAGUAUUAACCAAAGAUAUAGUGAAAUGGUGACAGGAACAUCUCAACAGUUGUACCCAGCUAAAGAUGAGGACUCGUCUGAUGCAGAAGCUGAUGAUCCUGAUGAUGCACCUAAAGAAGAUGGAGGGGCAGACCAGGCCAGUUUUGAUGAAAAGUUUUCAGGUGGGCAAUCAGUAGGUAACAAUGUGGAGGACUUCAGCUACGUGGAGCGGAGAGAGAGUCAGAUUGUCACUCGGCCUGCCGACCUGCCACCAGGGUAUGCCGGGAGAGACUUCAAUUCUAAUUCUCCUGCUCAAGAGACCUUCACAUCAGAAUUGCCUAAACGCGAAGUUGAUUACGCAAGGCUGGAUUAUGACACAUCUCAGCCAACCCACAAUGAUUUCACUUCCAAGCAAGUUGUUCGGGAUGGAGAGUUUCAGUCCAGAGAAUCAGAUUUCCAUGCCACAAGAGAUCCAGAAUACCAGGCUGUGCAGGAGGGCGACUUUCAACAAAGUCGGGACAGCUUUUCAUCAGUUCGAGAGACAAGCUUUCAACCUGUUAGAGAUACUACUUUUUCAGCCAAUCGGGAAGGUAGUUUUCCUCCAAUCAGAGACACUGACUAUCAAGUCCGGGACACUCAGUCAGAUUAUCGAGGAUACCCGAUGAAAGAAAAUCUUGAUGCUGAACGCGCUGGUGUUUUCCCACGAUUCAUAAGCAAGGAUGUUUUUUCAACUAGCAUGCACAGAGAUGGACAUUUCUCUCCCCGCCCACCAAUCAAAGAAGCAUACAUCACAGGCCAAGCCUUGUCGGAAGUCGAUUAUUCACGUUUUGCUGCCAAGAACGAGCUUUCAGCUCUACGCACACUUCCACCGGGGUUUCAAGGGCAAAUGGAAGUCCCGUCAGAAUAUGACCCUCGAUCUCCAGUUCAUGCGGUCAUGGGAGGCAACUCUGGCAGUUACGGACAAGACCUUCAUAUGUAUAGUCGUGAAUAUAAAUAGGGCAUAUAAACAUAGCUUUGGUUACAUGCAUGUCAUAAGUUGCAUUUUCUAAAUAUAUUUUUGUUUUUGCAAGAGUUUUGAACUUGUUGAAACCUGUUUGUAUUUGUGAGAUACUCCGUUUUGUUGCCUGCUCAAUCAGGAAUGAUACAGAACAAUUUCUGUGUUCAUUGUCAUCGGUAUUUUGUGAGAUUAUUUGGUCAUGAUACGCAGGUAUUUUUUAACUUUCACUUUGCUUACAGAUUGUCAAUCCCACAAUACCACAAAUAAGAAAUUAAAAAAAUAAGAAUUAAAGGAACUAAGGUUGUCAGAAAUUUCAGAAAUAAAGAAACAACCUUGAUAAAUUGUAAUGGAAGGGAGAUAACUCUUUUGCUUGAUUCAAAGUCACUUAUUUAUUUAUUUCAUUAUUUUAUCAUCAUAUAGAUCAUUCGAACUUAUCAGAGAUAAUAAUUCGGUCCACAAACCAAGUAAAUUAAAAGAACAGGCCAAAUUAGUCAAAGGAUCAUUCAUGUAAAAUGUUGUUUAGCUUGCAUAUAUCAUCAAAUCAACAUGGUAAGUGCAAUAUGAAACUUAUUGGUUCUCCAUCAAGCUUUUUAACAAAAGCUACUGUGUAAAAUGUACUGUUUUAUUUCCAGAGUUGGCUCUGAUAUCCUUGAGAAGUUCGAAUGAUACUGAUGUGAUAUGUUUGGACAAAUUUAUUAUAAAAAUCAUCCCAAAUGAAGUAAAUCUUGCAGUGUAUGAUGUCUUCAUUGGUUGGUCAGUGCUUGUUUAUUUGUUUGAUCACAGAUUUUUUUUGUCGUUUCCAAAGGCAGAAGUUUGAGGCCAAAAAACAACAACCAAGAAAUGGCAUUAGCCGCAACAAUUUUUUGAUUUUCAAAACAUCUUAUUUCAAGGACAAAGGACAAUACUUACAAUUUUCUUGGCACAUUGUCUGCUAUGUCUGAUUUAUUUGGCUUAAUGUGGUUGUCAAGUGGAGCAUCAUAUUGGUGUUGUUGAUAUUUUUAAAAUCACUAGGUACUGGUAAUCACGAAAUACUUUGAAUGUGGGACAUGUCACAACUGUAGGGCCAGGCUCUCUGUGAUUCAACAAAUACCCCCAAAUAUGUCCAUACACUGUUUGUUUUUGCGAACUAAGGGGAAUGCCAGGUCCCUGACACUUCCUGUUCCAACAAGCAUCCCUACGUUUCAGGUGUCCUUUAUCAAAACGUCAGUUACACAUUGGUAAAACUGUUUAACUGAUACACCGGUACAUAAUUAAUUUGGAGUUAGCAGAUAACUACUUGGACCAAACUUGCUCGGUCUCCACGUAGCUGAAACUGUUCCAACAAGCACGCCUACAUUUCAGGUGUCCUUCAUCAAAACGUCAGUUACACAUUGGUAAAACUGUUUAACUGAUACACCGGUACAAAAUUAAUUUGGAGUUAGCAGAUAACUACUUCGACCAAACUUGCUCGGUCUCCACGUAGCUGAAACUGUUCCAACAAGCAUCCCUACGUUUCAGGUGUCCUUCAUCAAAACGUCAGUUACACAUUGGUAAAACUGUUUAACUGAUACACCGGUACAUAAUUAAUUUGGAGUUAGCAGAUAACUACUUGGACCAAACUUGCUCGGUCUCCACGUAGCUGAAACUGUUCCAACAAGCACGCCAACAUUUCAGGUGUCCUUUUUCAACGUGUGUCAUACAUUGUCUCGGUUUAAAACUCAUUAACUGUUUAAAUGAUACACAGGUACAUAAUUAAUUUGGAACUAGCAGAUAACGACUUGGACCAAACUUGCUCGGUCUCCACAAAUAUAUCUUCUGAGAGGACGUGUUGCUUGACAAAGAAAAGUGGCAGUAAUUAGACAUAUAACACAUAAAGUAAAUCCUUAGCAUUUGUAUUUGAUAUAAUCAAAAUCUAUAGGGCAUUACCACAAUUAUAGGUGCAAAAAUACCAAUAUUUCCUUAUGUUUUCGGGGGCACAGGUGGCCUAGUCCUCUAAGGCGCCGCGAUUCGCUGGCCAGAGUUGCGUCCCUUGGGCAUGCCAGAAACCUGUGAUUGUUGGUUCGAAUCCCGGUUCACCCCGAUUAUGUUGCUUGGUUUGUCAGCACCAUACCAGUGCUUGUGGGUUUCACCGAAGUGGUAAAUGUCGGAGACCUGCAUCACUUAGCGCUUUCCUCCCAAAUUAAGCUGACACGCGGCAAUAUGACUGCAAUACUGUUAAAAGCGGCGUUAAACCCAACUCACUCAGUCCUUAUGUUUUCAUUCUCAAAGAAGGAUAUGGCAAAACCUUCAGGUAUUAUUUCUAAAAAAAUUAAAAGCACAUGUUGGUUUGUUUCUUUCUUGCACGCCCUGGCAGGUCCUUGCAGAGCAUACCACAAGCAAGCACCUGCUUUGUCAAUAAGCAAGAAAGGCAUGAAAGAAAUUCCUGUACUUUUCUUCUUUGUUCUAAACCUAAUAAGCAUACAGUGGACUCUUGAUCUGUAUAAGAUGUAUUUACUUCCAUGUAUCAAUAUGUACCUCUAUUAUUAUGCUUAUGUUAUUCCUACAUUUCUUUGUUGCAAUUCCUAUAUAUGAGCUUUUGGAUAUUAACUUCCUGGCAUCCUGCAUAAUUCAGUCAUGAUUUUUUUUCCAAUUGAUCUUAUGUUUUGAUUACUGCUGAUUUGAGCCUUUGUCAAGGUACCUUGUAACUUUUUGUGAAAGAAUAAUGCAUUGCUUGAAUGAUUGUUUCCAAAUAAUAAAAUGCAUAAUUUCGAUGUCAAUCAUGCAACGUCAGCCAACAAAACCAUGGUAACAUGGUGAUCUUGUGGAACCCUACAGGUGUACCAUUGCUUCACCAGUUGGCUGGCUGGUCCCAUGCUAACUUGUGCCAUGAACCAACUUACUAUUAAUGUUUUAGUAUCCUGUCUUGUUACAUGUGUAAUUGAUGAAAGAACCCCAAAUGAUUAGUGCUAUUUUACACAUUUAUCCAUGCUAUUUUUAUUAGGAACUCCUGUAAUUUACCCGUCCUUUAAGUAAAAUGCUGUUAAGUUAGAUGUAUGUGUGUGUGUGUGUGUGUGUGUGUGUGUGUGUGUGUGCAUAACCAUGGUAACUUUAAGAUGAUAAACAUUGGAGCUGUAGGACUACCGGGAUGGAAUAUACAUCCCGAGCAGCCUAUGCUUGUCAUAGAAGGCGCCUAAUUGGGGUUGGAAGUAUAUAUUUACCUGUAAUAUGUACCAUAAUGACCCCCAACAUUGGCUUUAUUUCGCUCAGAAUAUUUUUCUUGGUUUGUCAGCACCAUACCCGUGCUCGUGGGUUUCACCAAAGUGGUAAACGUCUGAGACCUGCAUCACAGAAUUUCCUCCCAGAUUGAGCGGGCUUGCCGUGAUAUAAUUGGAAUACCACUCAAAUCGUCAUUAAACCCAACUCACAUUUAUUUAAACCAGGUGUUAUUAUUUACUGUUGAUAAGUCAGCAGCAUUGUUCCAUUACUGUACGAUUCAUCUGAUCAAUGAUGUGAUUGCUGUCAUAAUGUGUGGUCCACCGUAUGAUAAGUAUAAUAUCUGGUCCAUGAUAUGAUGUGUAUCACAAUAUCUGGUGCAUGAUAUGAUGUGUAUGUCUCAAUAUCUGGUGCAUGAUAUGAUGUGUAUCACAAUAUCUGGUCCAUGAUAUGUUGUGUAUCACAAUAUCUGGUCCAUGAUAUGAUGUGUAUCACCAUAUCUGGUGCAUGAUAUGAUGUGUAUCACAAUAUCUGGUCCAUGAUAUGGUGUAUAUCUCAAUAUCUGGUCAAUGAUAAGUUGUAUGUCUCAAUAUCUGGUCCAUGAUAUGUUGUGUAUCACAAUAUCUGGUCCAGGAUAUAAUGUAUAUAUCAAUAUCUUGUCCAUGAUAUUGUGUAUAUCUCAAUAUCUGGUCAAUGAUAAGUUGUAUGUCUCAAUAUCUGGUCCAUGAUAUGUUGUGUAUCACAAUAUCUGGUCCAUGAUAUGAUGUGUAUCACAAUUUCUGGUCCAUGAUAUGUUGUAUAUCUCAAUAUCUGGUCCAUGAUAUGUUGUGUAUCACAAUUUCUGGUCCAUGAUAUGAUGUGUAUCACAAUAUCUGGUCCAUGAUAUGGUGUGUAUCACAAUAUCUGGUCCAUGAUAUGAUGUGUAUCACAAUAUCUGGUCCAUGAUAUGAUGUGUAUCACAAUAUCUGGUCUAUGAUAUGUUGUGUAUCACAAUAUCUGGUCCAUGAUAUGAUGUGUAUCACAAUAUCUGGUCCAUGAUAUGUUGUGUAUCACAAUAUCUGGUCCAUGAUAUGUUGUGUAUCACAAUAUCUGGUCCAUGAUAUGUUGUGUAUCACAAUAUCUGGUCCAUGAUAUGUUGUGUAUCACAAUAUCUGGUCCAUGAUAUGUUGUGUAUCACAAUAUCUGGUCCAUGAUAUGUUGUGUAUCACAAUAUCUGGUCCAUGAUAUGUUGUAUAUCACAAUAUCUGGUCCAUGAUAUGAUGUGUUUCACAAUAUCUGGUCCAUGAUAUGUUGUAUAUCACAAUAUCUGGUCCAUGAUAUGUUGUAUAUCACAAUAUCUGGUCCAUGAUAUGAUGUAUAUCUCAAUAUCUGGUCCAUGAUAUGUUGUAUAUCACAAUAUCUGGUCCAUGAUAUGUUGUAUAUCACAAUAUCUGGUCCAUGAUAUGUUGUAUAUCUCAAUAUCUGGUCCAUGAUAUGUUGUAUAUCUCAAUAUCUGGUCCAUGAUAUGAUGUAUAUCACAAUAUCUGGUACAUGAUAUGGUGUAUGUCUCAAUAUCGGGUCCAUGAUACGAUGUGUAUCACAAUAUCUGGUCCAUGAUAUGUUGUAUAUCACAAUAUCUGGUCCAUGAUAUGUUGUAUAUCUCAAUAUCUGGUCCAUGAUAUGGUGUGUAUCACAAUAUCUGGUCUAUGAUAUGGUGUAUAUCUCAAUAUCUGGUCCUGAUAUGAUGUGUAUCACAAUAUCAGGUCCCUGAUAUGAUGUAUAUCACAAUAUCUGUUCUGCAAUACAGUGGCCAAAACUGAAGAUGAUCACAUGUCUCUGUCCAGUGUAUCAGUGGGUGAAACUGUGACAUCGUUUGUCUCUCCCAGUCUCCUACAUGCAGAGUCUGGGGUAAACCAGGGGCAGAUUGACUGCUUAAAAAAACAAGUUUAACUAAAGACAUAUUUGUCAUUAAACACAGUCAUGUCAUACAAAUUUGUAUCAUAGCUAUUAUCCUUUUUAACUAAUAUAUUUCCAAGUUAUAUAUAAUCAAUGUAUUCUGUUCACUGAAAUAUGUUUUAUGCAGAAGUACGUAAAACAUGGAUAGAGAUGGAAUAACAGGAAUGAAACUAUUUCGUGCCAUAUAAUUAAAAAAUAUAUAAUAAGAAUUUACAAUGUUAGAUGUUUGCGCUUAUGAAGUUCAGUUGUCUUAUUUGUUGUUGAUAUGUGAAUUGUAUAUAACUUGCUGUCUUUGCGCUUUAAUUUGCAUCUGAUGCUUUGUUUUGUUGUUGAUUGUUUACAUAUAAUUGUUUUGUUUGUUUUUAUUGGUUUACAUUAUAAGGGGACUUAUUAACCAUGUGAAUAUGUCAGUGUCUUCAUUGGUAUCUUGAACAACACUGGAUACAGUUGUCAGAUUGUUCAAAAGAAAACUGUUUCAAUAUAUAUAUUGUUUGUAGCUCAUUAAACAUUUUACUUUAGUGAUGUUAGCGUCUCAGAGAAGCAAUGAGAGAAUCUUUCCUGCUGAUAUAAUUUCAAUAUAAAUAUCAGUACAACUCACUCAUUUUGGGGUUGAGACAUCCUUGUUGCAGUCAUCUUCAUAUAAGUGAAGGUAUGUGCCAUAAUAGGUGUGAUAUACUCUCACUUGUAAAUUAUUUCUUUUCUUGAUACAAUGGCUCAAAGACCUGACUUGAAGGCCAGUUUUACAGCAGUUUUCAGAGAAAAGUGAAGAGGCGACUAAUGGGAUUGGGUUGUCAGGCUCGCUGACUUGGUUGAUGCAUGUCAUCGUAUCCCAAUUGCCUGGGUCAAUGUACAUGAUGUCAGUCACUGGAUUGUCUGGUCCAGACUCGAUUAUAUACAGACUGCCGUCAUACAGCUGGAAUAUUGCUGAGUGCGGCAUUAAACAACAAACAAACAAAUCAGAGAAAAGUGAGGGUUCACUCUGAUUGGUGACCUGGGGGGAGAGCGCCACCUGGCGGAGAGGCACGUUUUAGCUUCUGUGUUCUUGUUGUAUCAGGAUAAGUAUAUUAUCAUAAAUACUCAUGUAAUUUCAUUUACUUGGGUAUUUGGUAUUUCAAUCAGGUCCUUCAUUGAAAUAAUGCUAUCAUAACUUGAUUCUUUCAUUGCUUCCAGUCAAGUCUUUCUGACAUUAUUUAACUUGUAAAAACUGGCAAGUUAUGGAUCACAGAAUCAGAUAAAGAGUCAUCACUUGCUGUGCAAGACAUUUACACAGAUGACGUGUUUUGAACUGAUGUUAGUUGAAUUUGUAAGUCGAAAUUGCUCCAACAAAGAAAUGAUGUAAAGACAUCAGGUUUUUUCUGAAUGUUCAGUGUGGAAGUCUUGCCGGCUGUUUCCAAAUGUGAUAAAAAAACAUUUGGGUUGCAAGUGAAACAAUGGUACAGUAGGGUUGCUUGAAACACAAGUAAUAUUUUCCUUUGUCCGAAGAUUUGGCUAAAUAUACGGGCAUUAAUGAUGAGUGGACUGCUUGAAUAAAUAGGACUUCAAUUAGGAAAAAACAACCUCCAGCAUGAUCUGGCUUAGAUCCUCCACUGCUCACACCAUUGAUAAUAGACUUGUCUUGUCCUGGCUCAAUUACAUUAACAGGCUAAAAUAAAAUAGCUGAGGUAUUUAUCACAUUGAUGUAGUCAUCUUCACUGACUUGAAAAUUACUGUCUGCUCUAAAAUCUGUUUGUAUGGUCAUUGUGGGGUUGCAAAGUGGAACAGUGUUUGAGCCCAUUCUCGGCGUCCUGCUUGAAUAUUUCAUAAUGAAUUAUGAUAUGGGUGGGGUAUGAUAUACAUGUAUACCACGUUUGACAUAUUAAGCACAUCUCUCGAAUAAGCACCCCUGGCCAACUUCUGUUCCAAUCAGUAAUGUUAUUAAGCGGAUGUGCAAAGGCUGAAAAUUUAAAUAAAUCUGUAUAUCCUUAUAUACAUUACACAUUGUUAACAGCACCAUAGAAGGAGUAUAUUAUCAACAAAGUUUUAGCUUUAUUGUUGUUUGAACUCAAGCUCUGACGACAAAUUUAACUUGUAUGGUUUUAAUUAAUGAGCGCCCCUUUUUAAUUUUGUAAGCACCAGGGGCUUCUUACAACCAAUAUGGUACACACAUUAGAGAUGGAUGUACAUGAAAAUAGUAGAACACUGUUCCAUGAAGAGACUGAGAUGUUAGUUCUCCAGCCAAUAUCCUGCAUUAGUGAGGAUGAUCCCUAAGCAUUAUGAUGGGCUCCAAUUGCAACGAUACACAAAAGUCAUCUCCAUUUAUGAAAAAAAUAUAUGUGAUAUCUUUCUAAUCAGAAUUUGAUAUAUUCUUUCUAUGUUUUUUUGAUGUUUUGAUAUGCAGUAUUAACUUUGUUUAUAUGGAGUAUCGCAGGUCAGUUCACUUUUGUAUGUUUGUUAUGAAUAAGUUGAUUGAGAAUCGACUCAGUUUCCGAUAUAUCUUAAAUGCUUGUUAUCGCUUGUUUGCCUUCAUCAGCUUUCAUAAGCCAAAGUAUGUGAUCUUGCGUUUUUUGGGGUGAUAAUGAAAACAUGUGCCAUUUUGAUUGUUAUGCUUCUGUACAUACGUGUGAAUGUGUACCACUAUAUGAUUAAAAAUAAGCCCUAAUUAGUCAGUGAUAUGUAUCCAUAUUCAUUCAAAUAAGUUUGAGUAUUUCAUCUUGCAUGACUUGGGACAAGGACGUCAUGGUUUGAAAAAGCUUAAACUGGUUAUUCGUCUUGUUGAAACCAUUUUGCAUCUGCUUAACUGUUUUCAUAAUGUCAAUUUUCAAAACAUCUAUGAGGGUCCUGAUGGGGGAGUCCCAUAAGCAGUAAGCAGUAAAAUUUAGGGUACUUUUUCAUUAAGCAGUAAUUUUUCUUCUUUUUCAAUGAAAUCAUCGCAAAAAAUUCUUAAAUCAGCCAUGGCAGGACAUGGGACUUUUAAUUCUCAUUUCGUUUCAUCCUGACAUAUUUUUAAUAACGGGUAAAAUCUCAAAUUGCUUAACAUUCUAGACUGGUCCCCUGCGUCAGUUGCGCAGCCUGCUUUCUGUGGCGAAGAAUUUGGGUCUUGAAGACAGACUGUUUUUGACCAUUUUAAUCAUUUUACAAUAAGCAGUAAAUUAUUCAUUUACGUUAAGCAGUUAUUUUUGGGUAUUUUACGAUAAGCAUUUACGAUAAAAAAAGAUGAAUUUUAAGUUUACGAUAGUGUUUGAAGUGUGUUUUACGUUAAGCAUUAAAACCCAUCACGACCCUCAUCUGUGUACAGUGCAAGGUUCAGCUGUCCAAACUACAAUGUGCUCCUGAGUAAUUCUUUACUGAUAUUCCUUGCAUUAUUUCCUGGUUCGCAUGGACUUAAUUUAUUUUGUCAAUGAGAGACUUUUAUUAACUAUUAUAUGGUGAAUCCAUCUGUUUGUUACGAUAUUGAUAUUAACAUGCAAAUGAUUAUUAAUUAUAUUAAACUAGUAUUACGAAUACUGGUUUUGUGCAUGUUUUUUCCAGUUGGGAAUUCUAAGGAAACUGAAACCGGUUAUCCGAGUAAUCAUGUGGGUCCUACUUUGGAACGCAAGGCUUGUCUUCUGGAGGCAACCUUGGACUUGGACCUUUGCAGUUCAGCGCUAAGAUGAUCAUAACUCCCAUACUUAAACAUUGGCUUACGAUAGUCUUAGCGCUAAGAUCGCUCAGUGCAAGUGGGCCUUGGUAAAGCAUCCAUUGUACACUUGUAUGGAGUCAGAUUUGUUUUUAAAGUUGGUGAAAAAAGUCCAAGAAUGAAUGUUUUAUGAGCGAUGCUUUAUUUUGAAUUCACCAAAGAAUUGUUUCCUAAUGAUAUGCAUGGUGGAAUUAUUUUGUUCUAAAGCUUGAAAGAUGCACACAAUGAAGUAUUAUGUAUGUCCAGUAAUGUGUCAGUCCAGUCGCUGGACAUGAGACACUUGGUGCAGUAGAAGAAAGGCAUGACUGCCGACAUUGAGGGGCAGUGCCCAGUUGUCGGGAGCGACACACAGAGUUGUGUCCCUUUGCUGGAAGGUGUUCUGUGAUUCACUGCAAAAAGGAUCAUUGAUCGAUCCGCAUCAAUCCAGUCUUGCUGGUUUUUGCAAAGUGGCUACAACUCUGACAUGAGUCACUUUGGGCUUUCCUCCCACAUAGCUGACACGCUGUGAUAUAACUGAAAUACUGUUCAAAGCAGUGUUAAAUCCACUCUCUUUUCGUCAUCACUCCAUGCCAACAGUGUGAAAUCAUAAACUGAAGCUGUAUAGAACAUGUUGUUGAACACAUAUUCGUAUGCACAAUCCUGUUUCUUGAACAGUUUGGUUAUGAUGUUUUCUGUUUUGACAACAAAUUUAUAACGUCUAUAAUCCACGUCACAAAAACCAAAUGGCAUCACCAUUGUUCUACGUGGAUUGGCUGAAACAUGUAUUGCCCCUGCAUGGUUACCUCCAAGAUAUCUGUUCAUGUCUAACUGGUCACUUUGUACAGUGUAUAUGUUUGCUAUUUGUGUGAAGCUAUUUUUUCUAUCAGUAUAUAUCAUGUGAUUAUAGUAUGAGUGGUGACCAUACCAACAGCUGUCAUGGUAACCAAAAUAAUGGAUGAUUUUGUGUACAUUAUUCUCAUAAUCAUGUUACCGUCUUUUUUACAAUGCUUUUGAUAUGUUGAUAUGAAUGUUGAAGAAAAUGUUCAGCAUACAUCCAUUUAUGACAGUUUUGUGUUCCUGUAUCCGACUGUAUAGCUUAUUUUUUGUUAUCAUUGUCAUCACUGACAGCCUCCAUAUUGGAAACUAUUUAAAACAGUGAGAGAGUAAAGGGGGAUGAUUUUGGGUGACAGUUGUUAAAAACAAACAUAAAUGUAGUAUUUUACAGAAAACUCCAAAUCACUAUGCUUUGGCUUUCAAAUGGAUAUUUCCACCACAUGUUCACCUCCAUAGCGGUGACACACAAUAAUAUGUGGCACAAAACUGAACUUUGAGAUGGGGUACCUGGGUCUGAUACGAGUGAGAGUGUUCACUCUAGCAUGAAGGUUGGGAUGGGGUACCUGGGUCUGAUACGAGAGAGUGUUCACCCCAGCACAAGGGUUGGGAUGGGGUACCUGGGUCUGAUACGAGAGAGUGUUCACCCCAGCACUAGGGUUGGAAUGGGGUACCUGGGUCUGAUACGAGAGAGUGUUCACCCCAGCACUAGGGUUGGAAUGGGGUACCUGGGUCUGAUACGAGAGAGUGUUCACCCCAGCACUAGUGUUAGGACAGGGUCCCUAGGUCUGAUAUGAGUGAGAGUGUUCACUCCAGUUUGAGGGUUGGGAUGGGAUACCUCGGUCUGAUACGAGAGAGUGUUCACCCCAGCACAAGGGUUGGGAUGGGGUACCUGGGUCUGAUACGAGUGAGGGUGCUCAGUCCAGCACUGGGGUUGGGAUGGGGUAGCUCAGUCUGAUACGAGAGAGUGUUCACCCCAGCACUAGGGUUGGGAUGGGGGCUACCUGGGUCUGAUACGAGUGAGAGUGUUCACUCCAGCUUGAGGGUUGGGAUGGGGUACCUCGGUCUGAUACGAGAGAGUGCUCACUUCAGCACAAGGGUUGGGAUGGGGUACCACCUGGGUCUGAUACGAGUGAGGGUGCUCAGUCCAGCACUGGGGUUGGGAUGGGGUAGCUCAGUCUGAUACGAGUGAGAGUGUUCACUCCAGCUUGAGGGUUGGGAUGGGGUACCUCGGUCUGAUACGAGAGAGUGCUCACUUCAGCACAAGGGUUGAGACAGGGUAUCUAGGUCUGAUACGAGUGAGAGUGUUCGCUCCAGCUUGAGGGUUGGGAUGGGGUACCUCGGUCUGAUACGAAAGAGGGUGUUCACCCCAGCACAAGGGUUGAGACAGGGUAUCUAGGUCUGAUACAAGUGAGGGUGUUCACUCCAGGGCUAGGGUUGGGAUGGGGUACCUCAGUUUGAUACGAAAGAGGGUGUUCACCCCAGCACAAGGGUUGAGACAGGGUACCUAGGUCUGAUACGAGUGAGAGUGUUCACUCCAGCUUGAGGGUUGGGAUGGGGUACCUCGGUCUGAUACGAAAGAGGGUGUUCACUCCAGGGCUAGGGUUGGGAUGGGUUACCUUAGUCUGAUGCAAGAGAGGGUGCUCACUCCAGCACAAGGGUUGGGAUGGGGUACCUCGGUCUGAUACGAAAGAGGGUGUUCACUCCAGGGCUAGGGUUGGGAUGGGGUACCUCGGUCUGAUACAAGAGAGUGUUGGGAUAUGGUUGAGAGUGCUAUCCAGGUUGAAUAUCUCAUAGGCACCUCACAUGAAAACUUGAAAGUGUUCUUUUUGUGCGUCUCAUCUGUAUCUGAAUGUGUAAUGGCCACCCUUCACUCUACUUACGACCAGUCCAUGAAACUACUUUUACAUUUGUGUGGAAUUGUUCAGCAUCUAAUAUCAUGAGGAAAUUGGGCGAAAACUUAUAAGAAACCUCAGUAAGCACUCCUAAAAUCUCUUACAUCAGUCAUAGUAGUUGGUACCCAGUGUUUUGUGUGAGGUUACUGUCAGAAUCAUAUGUAUGCAUACUUCAUUUCAUCUACCCUAGAAUUUAUCAUUGCCUGUUCAUUAUUCACAAGAAUAUGGAUGUGAGUUUUGCAUUUAUUUGUGUACUGCCAUGUAUGGAAAGCAUAUAUUCUUGUUCAAGUCGGUAUUCAUGUAUCAUGUGGGCUUUCAACAAACAUAGCAUUUUUAUAAGGCAAGGUUUCAGAGACAUUCGCACCAUAUAAUACAGCACUUAGGCUGUGCUUACAAUCCUCUGUGUAUGCUGAACAAGGGUGGACGUGGGUGCACAAAUCUCUUUGUGGUCUCAUGCAUCGCAAUUAGCAGCAGAGUAGCGUCCCUUAGAUGUCUGAUGAUUGGAUGAAUUUUUUUGUACAGAUCUAAGAGCUGUUCUGGUUUAGACCCUUUGUUGGACAGCACCAUGUCCACUCUCAUGUGUUUCAAAACAAAACUUGAUAUGUGAAAAAAUAAAAAGCGUUUUUUCAUAUAUAUUCAACCGACUAGAAAUGUCAAAUGUUAAACAACCCACCUCAUUUAAUAUUUCUGUCAAUAUAGAUCCAGAAUUUAAAAUACUUAUAAUUAAGACCUGUUGAAAAUAUAUCUUCCUUCUGCCCCUCUUUAUUUCUUUUUUCUUCCUCCCUACUUAUCAGUGUCACUAUAUGGCUGAGAAACUGUUGAUGUGGCAUUAAAUUUUAACUCGCUCACAUAACAUUUUGAGGAAAUGAAAAAAUAUAUUUGAAGUUGGAAUUUUAUUUAAAAGAAAUUCUGACAUACUGACCUGAAUUUUUGGGCCAGACUGAAUAGUGUUCAAACCUAUAAGCAUUAUAAACUCCCUAACUCAUGUUUGUUGUUCAAUGACCUGUGAUGUGAAACCCUGAUAAUGCGGACGGCACUGAUUUCACUGUAUUCAGAGAAGUCAGUUUAUAUGUGGGUACGUCUUGUACAAGCUGUAGCAUUGCGUGUUUGUUUAGAAGAAUCUGGAAAUGAGGUUAGUAUCGUAGAAAAAUACAAAGUAAGAAAUAUUUUUAUCAACACAGAGCCACAUUUAAGUGUGAAAUUAAUCAUGCCUAUCAACAGAACCAUAGUUCUCUAUGUACAAAUCAAAAUUGAACUAUUAAAUUUUCAUAUAUAUAUAUAUUUCGUUUUAUCAGUAAUUAUGUAUUUGUGCCACUUAUAGCAAUAUUCCAGUUAUAUCAUGGCAGUUGUCUAAUUGUGAAUGUGUUUAGCUAAUGCCACUUGAGGUCCUGGCAUCAUUGCUUAAAUGGGUUCUUUGUGUGAAAUAAUAUAUAAAGUGGUAAACAUCUUAGAGCUGCAUCACUUCAGGAUUUCCUCCCUCAUCAAGCUGAUAACUGCAGAACAAUUAUGUGAGUGCUCAGUGACUCUCCCCCAAACCACCUACCCUCCCUACAAUAAAGGGGCAGUCGGGUAGCCUAGUGGUUAAAGCGUUCGCUCGUCACGCGAAAGACCCUGGUUCGAUUCCCGACAUAGGUACAAUGUGUGAGGCCCAUUUCUGGUGUCCCCCGCCAUGAUAUUGCUGGAAUAUUGCUAAAAGCGGCGUAAAACCAUACUCACUCACUCACCCUACAAUAAAAAAAAUAAUAUUCAGUGCCAGGUGCAAGCACCUGUCUAUAGCACUGUUUGCCGUUUUCAGAAUCAGAUGUCAGCGUUUCAGGUCUUCCUUUGUGAGUUUUAAUACUGUUCACCAACAAACAUAAGGUAUUUUAAAUUGGUAUUGCCUUUAAAACUCUACUCUGUUCACUGUGAUUAACAGUUAUUUAACUUUCAGCCUUCAUGUGUUUAUGUGAAAUACUAAGGAGCCACAGAAUGUGUCUCUUUCAUUUCAAAUACUUUUUUGCUUUUAUAUUCAAUAAUAUUUCCCUUAGUGUGUUCAGAAAUUAGUAUUGGUGAUUAAUCUUAGAAUGUGCUUCAUUUUUUUCUAAAUUUCUUUAAUUGUGUGAGGACUAAGUUCUUUCUUGAGUUUGACUUGCCUGUCUCAUAACUAGACAGCUUCAUCCUCUUUCUGUUUUCUUAGUAUCAUACUCCUUGGUAAUUCCAGGGUAGUAAAAGAUCCCCAGUUCCCCAUGCUUGUCCUGCCUGGGAUUCUGUGGUAGAAUAGUCCCUCUUAUUACAUGCUUGUCCUACCUGGAGAUUUCGGGCAUAAUAGGUUUCAUAGAACCACAUGCUUGUUCCACCUGGUGAUUCCGGGAUAGGAUGGGUCCAUAGUACCCAAUGAUUGUUCUUCCUGGUAAUUCUGGGGCAGAACAGGUUUUGUACCCCAUGCUUGUCCGACCUGGAGAUUCCGGGGCAUAAUAGUUUAAUAGUACUAAAUGCUCUACCUUGGAAAUCUUAAGCAGAAUAGGUCUGUAGUAUCUCAGGCUUGUCCUUACUGAGGGUUCCAGGGUAGAACAGGUCCAUAUUUCCCCAUGCUAAUCCUUCCUAGAGAUUCUGGGGCAGAACAGGUCCAUAUUUCCCCAUGCUAAUCCUUCCAAGAGAUUCUGGGGCAGAAUAGGUCCAUAUUUCCCCAUGCUAAUCCUUCCUAGAGAUUCUGGGGCAGAACAGGUCCAUAUUUCCCCAUGCUAAUCCUUCCUGGAGAUUCUGGGGCAGAAUAGGUUCCUAGUAUCGCAUGCUUGUCCUACCUGGGGAUUCUUGGGCAGAGUACAUCCCAAGUACCGUGUACUUGUAAGAGAGACCUGGUUGAUUUAAUGUCAUCGUUCCCCGACAUCUUAGAUUGUUGACCACUGGUGUACCUGUCCCUGACUCCAGUAUUUACAGGUAUGACAUGCUUUGAAUAUUGCUGAGGUAUGAAACAACAUUCACUCACUCACUCACUCACUCACUGUUGGUUUCAUGGAGAACAUGGUGAAUAUAUACUGUUUCCAAUCAUCUGUCGAGACAAAGUUGAAAGCAUUAGCCAGCUUUACAUGUGCAUUGGUGUUUGUCUAUAUUUCUUGCCUUUAUCCAGAAGCAUAUUAUUUGUUGAUUGUUACAAGCAAAGCAAAUGCUUCAAAUUCUAAUCAUACUGUAAUUCUUAUAAAGAAAUAAACCAUUAAACAGAC